UGUACAUCAAACAGAUAAAAAUUAAUCGAACGAUUAAGCGAUGAACUUCAAUCUACACAUCCGUCAUUUGGUGGUGAUUUUUCUCCCCUCCUAGAAAUUAUUCCAUUAUAAGCCGCUGAUUUAUACAAAUUAAGAUUACGAGAGUUCGUUAAUAUUCCCAAAACGACGGACGAUGUAUACCGGAGGGCAAAUUUUCACCUCACCGUUUAACCUACCCUCGGGCAAAUUGGUCAGGCAAAUUUUCAAAUGCGCUCAACCUAUGAACCGAAAAUUCCUCGAUGAUUCCUUCAUGAAUAUGAACAGCGGUCAGUACAUAGACGACAUGUACCACGCUUGGUUGAAGGACGAAAAUUCGGUUCACGCCUCGUGGGCUUCAUAUUUCAAGCAAACUGCGGCUGGAAUUUUACCAGAAGCGAGAUACGCGCGCCCACCGAGCCUCGUAAUCAAUUCCCGCGGUAACGUCAACGUCGUCCCGUCUAAACUAACUCCGAAUCCCACAACGAAACGUGAGUACAGUUUGGCGCCAUGUAUUCUAAGAUUCGUACAAACGCAACGUCUAAUUGCGAUAAUUUCAAUUAAUAAAUUAAGCCGAUAAGACACCGAGCGAACUGCGGAGCGAACAAAGAAAUACCACCGAUCAUACUUCCGGCACCCUCGAUAUCAGCGCGGCCGUCAGAGCUUAUCAGGUAGGGAAUAAUAACGUAAGAAAGAUGAUAAUCGGAGGCUUUGGGAUGACGGUAAUUCGGUGGUUUCUGGUUCAAUUUUUCUCAUCCAAGUCGCGAGGACAUCUCAUAGCGGACAUCGAUCCCUUGGGAAUCCAAAAUCCGGAGUCUAAGAAAUUGAAAGGGACGUCAACGCUCCCGCCGGAAGUCGUUGUGCGAACGCAUUUCAAGGGGAUAAGCGACGCGGAUAUGAACAAGGAAUUCGAUUUGGGAAAGAGCACGCGUAUCGGUGGAGGAAGUUCGAGAUUAACUUUGAAAGAAAUCAUCGCGCGACUGAACAGUAUUUACUGCGGACACAUAGGACUGGAAUACGCGUACAUUACAGAUUUUCGAGUGUUGGACUGGUUGCGUCAGAAAUUCGAGACCCCUGGGAUAAUGGAGAUCGCUACGGAGCGUAGAAAAUGGAUUUGGAAGCACGUUAUGAAAGCGGUGACCUUCGAGUCGUUUUUGGCUAAAAAAUUCGGCAGCGAGAAACGUUUCGGUUUAGAGGGAUGCGAGUCGUUUAUUCCCGCGGUUGCCGAGUGUCUGGAAACUUCGUCGGAAAACGGAGUCGAAACGGUCGGGAUAGGAAUCGCCCAUCGGGGUAGGCUGAAUACUCUGGUGAAUAUUUGUCGGAAACCAAUGAGCCAGCUUUUCAGCCAAUUCAAUCCGAUCGAAAUGGAAGGUUCGGGUUCUGGCGACGUUAAAUAUCACCUGGGCACGUACAGCCAAAGACUUUUGGAGAGAGCAGGGAGAACCAUGAGAAUCGCCAUAAUGGCGAAUCCUUCGCACCUGGAAGCCGUGAACCCGGUAGUUGUGGGUCGAAUCCGGGCCGAACAGGUGGCGAAUAACGACACGAAAGGUGUGAGAUCGCUCGCAAUUUUGGUUCACGGAGACGCGGCUUACGCGGGGCAGGGUAUUUGUUUCGAAACUGCCCACUUCACAAACCUCUCCGAUUACACGACCGGAGGUGUGUUACACUUCGUGAUAAACAAUCAGAUCGGAUUUACAACCGAUCCGAGAUACUCGCGGUCGAGUCCGCAUUGCACGGACGUGGCUCGCGUGGUCAACGCACCGAUAUUCCACGUUCACGCCGACGAUCCGGACGCAGUGGUUUACUGCAGUAAAGUCGCCAGCGAGUACAGGGCGAAUUUUCACAACGACGUGGUUCUGGACAUCGUUGGCUACCGUAGAAACGGACAUAACGAAAUGGACGAGCCUAUGCUGACUCAACCGCUGAUGUACAAGAGGAUAAAACAGCUACCGAACGUUCUGGAUAUUUACAGUGAAAAACUCCUGGGGGAUGGUAUUUUAACCGAGUCCGAAAUGAAGAGGGAGAGGGACGAGUACCUGGAGACUUGCGAGUCGGAAUUCAAAAAGGCUCAGGAAACCAACGUGAUGCACCUGAGCGACUGGUACGACAGUCCGUGGUCGGAUUUUUUCGAAAAUCAAAAUCCCAACGGCAAACUUCCCCCCACCGGGGUCGAUUUGGAGGACGUGAAAAUCAUUUGCAACGCGGUUUCCACCCCUCCCGAAGAUAUCGAGGUCCACAAGCAGGUGACAAGGGUGAUGUCCGGACGUCGGGCGAUGACCGAAGCCGGCCAAAUAGAUUGGGCACUUGGCGAAUGUUUGGCCUUCGCUAGUCUACUGAAGGAAGGUCACCACGUUCGUUUAUCCGGGGAGGACGUCGAACGUGGAACAUUUUCGCACAGACAGCACAUAAUUCACGACCAGAGCAAAGACAUGACUUGGAAAAAUAUCCUCCACGACAUAUUCCCCGGUCAGAGUCUCUACACCGUUUCGAACUCCUCGUUGUCGGAAUACGGGGUUUGCGGAUUCGAACUGGGCUACUCGGCCUACGAUCACGACUCAUUGACCAUUUGGGAAGCGCAAUUCGGCGACUUCGCCAACACCUGCCAAGUGAUACUGGACUCGCUUUUGUGCUCGGGUCAAGCCAAGUGGGGUCGACAGGUCGGUUUGGUCCUGCUUCUACCUCAUGGAAUGGAGGGACAAGGGCCCGAACAUUCGUCGGCAAGAUUGGAAAGAUUUCUACAACUGUGCGACGACGAUUGCACCCGUCUACCCGACGAGGAAACCGCGGGUGCUUCCAAUAUCGACGAAACUGCGGAGGAGACGAUGACGCGACAGCUUUUCAAAAUAAAUUGGAUCGUCUGCAAUCCGACAACCCCUGCCAACAUGUUCCACUUACUCAGACGCCAGAUUCUCAUGCCAUUUCGAAAGCCGUUGGUAGUGAUGACUCCGAAGUCAUUGCUGAGACACCCGGAGGCCCGUUCAAAUUUCGACGAGAUAACGAACGGCACGUCUUUCGUACCGGUGAUCGGGGACCGGACCGCGGAUCCUGGCUCCGUGAAAAAAAUCAUAUUCUGUUCGGGGAAAGUCUACUACGACCUGGCGAUGCACAGGGCGGAGAGAGGUCUCGAAAAUUCACUGGCGAUCGUCAGAAUCGAACAAUUGUGUCCUUUUCCCUAUAAUCUGGUGGCCGAAGAAGCUAAAAAAUAUCCCAAUCCCAAGGUCAUGUGGGUGCAAGAAGAGCACAAAAAUCAGGGCGCUUAUUACUUUGCGAGAGACAGAAUAGCUCUGACUUUACGCAAACCUAUCGACGAUGUGGCCUACGGUGGUAGAGCGACCUCCGCAUCCCCAGCGACGGGGAAUAAGUUCAUUUUCAAAAAGGAAUUCGAACAAAUGAUUGAAAAGGCGAUGGAGAUGGAUCGAUGAGAUUGUUCGAUGAUACAGACCGCGAAAUUUUCAACUCACCAACAGACUGAUAUAUUCCGUAUUUUCGUACCAAAUAAUAUCGCUAUCAUUAUCACCCCACAUUGAACUUUGACAUUUCACCGGGUGAGAGGUAAUUGUAAAUAACGUUCAGCCCAUGAGGCAUCCGAUAUCGAAACUACGGAUUGCGCAAUUAACGACGAAGUAUAAUGCACAGAUAUUCCUUGACAAAUGACGCGCUCGUAGCGUCUAAUGGGAUGUGCGAAACAUUGCUAAAUAAAUUUUCACACCUUUAUCAACGGACGUAGUCUCUUACGCUUUCGGACAAUCCGAUGCCCGAUCGUCCUCGGGAAUCAGUGCAAUCGCUCGCUCUUAUCUUCGUUUGCUUUCAAUUUUGUUCACGUGACAUGAGAUUACUUACUCCGAAUCAAAUAAAGGCAUAUUUUCUCUAUCGACUGACAAAGAUAAACCUCGUGGACAUAUUAGGUAGUUAUUUGAGAACUAAUACGUAGCACUGUUCGAGUCAAGGUCUUGCUAGUGAUUCACUAGGAGAUUGCAAUUAGGUAAUGGGUAAUUUUUCUCAGAAUACCCGCCAAAAGCAACUGCACCUCAGUUAUGAAUGACUUUUUUUUCCGUCUCGAACAAUGUCGGAUGUUCAAAAGGCUAGUCCAGCAUAUUUUUUAGAGUAGCGAUUAGCAGCAAUUAUCGUCAUAAACUUUACAAUGGCUACUUACCAUUUGAAAUCGACGGGUCGUUUUUUUUUUUUUUUUUUUUUUUU